AUGAGCAAAGUUUCAGAGUCCCGUGUAAUUGGGGUCCUGCGGAUUCCCCUGUUUGCCAAUGUGGUGGGGGCUGCCCUAUCGUCAGUGACCGAAAAUACGUGGGAUCGAGCGGACAUUCAGAAACUGGACCCACGGACUGAGUCAUGGCAGACCGAUUUAGAGACAGAUAGUGUUGCACUGACGAGUCCAGUGGAGGCAGUUCCGCCGACGGAGUCGUUUGGACCGAAUGCGGCGCGACAGUAUCCGGGAUUUCCGGGUGGUGACGGUGAAUUCCCACAGCCUAUUCCACCGCAGUUUCCAUCGAAUCCUAAUCAGCCUGGACAGCCUGGACAGGGUGGACAGCCAGGAAUUCCCGGGCAACCUGGGCAACCUGGAUUGCCAGGACAGGGAUGGCAACAACCGGGACAGCCUGGGCAGCCAGGAAUUCCUGGACAACCUCCGUUACCAGGCCAAGGUGGACAGCAGCCAGGAUUUCCUGGACAGCCAGGAAUUCCUGGACAACCUCCGUUACCAGGUCAAGGUGGACAGCAGCCAGGAUUUCCUGGACAGCCAGGAAUUCCUGGACAACCUCCGUUACCAGGUCAAGGUGGACAGCAGCCAGGAUUUCCUGGACAGCCAGGAAUUCCUGGACAACCUCCGUUACCAGGUCAAGGUGGACAGCAGCCAGGAUUUCCUGGACAGCCAGGAAUUCCUGGACAACCUCCGUUACCAGGUCAAGGUGGACAGCAGCCAGGAUUUCCUGGACAGCCAGGAAUUCCUGGACAACCUCCGUUACCAGGUCAAGGUGGACAGCAGCCAGGAUUUCCUGGACAGCCAGGAAUUCCUGGACAACCUCCGUUACCAGGUCAAGGUGGACAGCAGCCAGGAUUUCCUGGACAGCCAGGAAUUCCUGGACAACCUCCGUUACCAGGUCAAGGUGGACAGCAGCCAGGAUUUCCUGGACAGCCAGGAAUUCCUGGACAACCUCCGUUACCAGGUCAAGGUGGACAGCAGCCAGGAUUUCCUGGACAGCCAGGAAUUCCUGGACAACCUCCGUUACCAGGUCAAGGUGGACAGCAGCCAGGAUUUCCUGGACAGCCAGGAAUUCCUGGACAACCUCCGUUACCAGGUCAAGGUGGACAGCAGCCAGGAUUUCCUGGACAGCCAGGAAUUCCUGGACAACCUCCGUUACCAGGUCAAGGUGGACAGCAGCCAGGAUUUCCUGGACAGCCAGGAAUUCCUGGACAACCUCCGUUACCAGGUCAAGGUGGACAGCAGCCAGGAUUUCCUGGACAGCCAGGAAUUCCUGGACAACCUCCGUUACCAGGUCAAGGUGGACAGCAGCCAGGAUUUCCUGGACAGCCAGGAAUUCCUGGACAACCUCCGUUACCAGGUCAAGGUGGACAGCAGCCAGGAUUUCCUGGACAGCCAGGAAUUCCUGGACAACCUCCGUUACCAGGUCAAGGUGGACAGCAGCCAGGAUUUCCUGGACAGCCAGGAAUUCCUGGACAACCUCCGUUACCAGGUCAAGGUGGACAGCAGCCAGGAUUUCCUGGACAGCCAGGAAUUCCUGGACAACCUCCGUUACCAGGUCAAGGUGGACAGCAGCCAGGAUUUCCUGGACAGCCAGGAAUUCCUGGACAACCUCCGUUACCAGGUCAAGGUGGACAGCAGCCAGGAUUUCCUGGACAGCCAGGAAUUCCUGGACAACCUCCGUUACCAGGUCAAGGUGGACAGCAGCCAGGAUUUCCUGGACAGCCAGGAAUUCCUGGACAACCUCCGUUACCAGGUCAAGGUGGACAGCAGCCAGGAUUUCCUGGACAGCCAGGAAUUCCUGGACAACCUCCGUUACCAGGUCAAGGUGGACAGCAGCCAGGAUUUCCUGGACAGCCAGGAAUUCCUGGACAACCUCCGUUACCAGGUCAAGGUGGACAGCAGCCAGGAUUUCCUGGACAGCCAGGAAUUCCUGGACAACCUCCGUUACCAGGUCAAGGUGGACAGCAGCCAGGAUUUCCUGGACAGCCAGGAAUUCCUGGACAACCUCCGUUACCAGGUCAAGGUGGACAGCAGCCAGGAUUUCCUGGACAGCCAGGAAUUCCUGGACAACCUCCGUUACCAGGCCAAGGUGGACAGCAGCCAGGAUUUCCUGGACAGCCUGGACAGCCAGGAUUUCCUGGGCAACCUGGACAGCCAGGAAUUCCUGGGCAACCUCCUUUACCAGGCCAAGGUGGACAGCAGCCAGGAUUUCCUGGACAGCCAGGAAUUCCUGGACAACCUCCGUUACCAGGCCAAGGUGGACAGCAGCCAGGAUUCCCUGGACAGCCAGGAUUUCCUGGGCAACCUUCGUUACCAGGUCAAGGUGGACAGCAGCCAGGAUUUCCUGGACAGCCUGGGCAGCCAGGAAUUCCUGGGCAACCUUCGUUACCAGGUCAAGGUGGACAGCAGCCAGGAUUUCCUGGACAGCCUGGGCAGCCAGGAAUUCCUGGGCAACCUUCGUUACCAGGUCAAGGUGGACAGCAGCCAGGAUUUCCUGGACAGCCAGGAAUUCCUGGACAACCUCCGCUACCAGGCCAAGGUGGACAGCAGCCAGGAUUUCCUGGACAGCCAGGAUUUCCCGGGCAACCUGGACAGCCAGGAAUUCCUGAGCAACCUGGACAGCAGCCAGGAUUUCCGGGACAACCUGGGCAACCUGGACAGCAGCCAGGAUUUCCCGGACAACCUGGACAGCCGGGAAUUCCUGGGCAGCAGCCAGGAAUUCCAGGGCAACCGGGACAGCCAGGGCAACCAGGCCAAUCCGGACAACAGCCAGGCAUUCCUGGCCAACCAGGUCAACCCGGCCAGCCAGGACAAGGAUGGCAACAGCCUGGACAGCCCGGGCAACCUGGCCAGGGCGGCCAACAGCCAGGAAUUCCCGGGCAACCCGGACAGCCAGGAAUUCCAGGACAACCCGGCCGCCCAGACCGUCCCCAACGCCCCAUCCCCGCGCCCGGAUGUCCCGCAGCUCGCGGCCAAUUCCCAAGCCCCAAAAGCUGCUCGAUCUAUCUAAACUGUUGGGACGAAACUGUAAUCGAACAACAGUGCCCAAAUAAUCUCCUAUUCAACGAGAAGCUCGGCUACUGCGACUUCGAACAAAACGUCAACUGUGGCAAUAGACCUGGACCUACACCAAAACCACCACUGGCGCCCGGUUCCCGCAGAUGUCCAGAUCCAAACGGCCGUUACAGAAGCCCAACAAACUGUUCAGAAUUCUACGUGUGUCUCUCUGGCAGUCCAAUCAAGUUCAACUGUCCUCAAGGACUGGUCUACAAUGACGCCUUCGGAGUUUGCGAUUACCCCUACAACGUCGAUUGCCAAGGGGCAGCUACCCCCAGACCCCCUCAGACAUCCACCCCCGAGCCGGAACUCCCCACUGGAGGCUCGCCUGGAGAUUCCAGUUCAGGUGGGUCCUCCCCUGGAGGUGCAACCCCCGGUGGAUCUCCCCCAGGGGGUCCCAACCAAGGCUCCCCCGGAUCCCCCCAACCCACAGAGCAGCCCCGCCCCCAACCCCCCGCCGUCACCUUCCCACCAGGUCCCUACCCCCAGCCCCAAUGGGGCUUCCGCACCCAUCCUGACCCCUGGCAUCAACGUCCCACUGCGAGUCAAAUUGAACUCGAGAAUCAACAGACUCUCUACAAUGACCCCAGUGCCCUCGAGGGCUCCACUGAGGCACCCACUGUGAUCAAUCCAUGGGGCACCAUGCACACCAUUCCCGCGGAGUUGAUGAAACUCCCGUGCGAGACUGGAAAAGUUCAUCGGCUUGAUGAAGCUUGCACUAGUGUUGUUGUCUGCAAGAACAGCCGACCUCAGCUGAUCCAGUGCGACGAGGGUCUCAGUUAUGACAGACCGUCUGACUCUUGCAGGCAUUUCACCGUAGCUAAAUGGUAA